ACCCGGAUCCUAGCCCAGACGGCGGCGAGUCGGGCGGCCCGCGGGGGGACCGGGAGGAGGAGGAGGAGAAGGAGGAGGAAGGGGCGGAGGCAACGGCGAAGAGGAGGGGGGAUAAUACUAAUCAGUCUCCUACUCCGAAGCAGACAUGGUGGACUGAUCCCAAGCAGGGCAGGGAGCAGGAUUUCCUGAACGCUCCCCCCUACCCUCAGCCCACGAGUUGGGUUCCCUACUCCCGUGCACCCCGCCCCUCCCGUGCACCCCGCCCCUCCUGUGCACCCCGCCCCCUGCCCCCCGCCCCCUGCCCCUCCCCGAACCGUGCAGGGUUGUGGGGUGCUAAGCCCGCUGCCCGCGGGGCUCCCGGGGCCGGGCCAUCUUUGCCUUCCCGCCCGGUGCCCCCUUCCGGCUCCCUAUGGAGGAGCUGUACACCCGGGGGGCCGCCGACGACCAUGCCUAGGAAAGCUGGGAAUGGACAGCUGCCGCUCCCCCAGGGCUGGGAGGAGGCCAGGGACUACGACGGCAAGGUCUUCUACAUCGACCACAACACCAAGAAGACCAGCUGGAUCGACCCCCGGGACAGGCUAACCAAACCCCUCUCAUUUGCGGAUUGUGUUGGAGAUGAGCUACCGUGGGGAUGGGAAGCAGCAUUUGACCCCCAGAUUGGUGUCUACUACAUUGACCACAUCAACAAAACCACUCAGAUAGAAGAUCCCAGGAAACAAUGGAGGAGAGAACAAGAGAGAAUGCUAAAAGACUACCUAAUGGUGGCCCAAGAUGCUCUCAACACACAGAAGGAACUGUACCAAGUGAAAGAGAAAAGGCUUGCCCUGGCUCUGGAUGAAUAUGUGCGAUUAAAUGAUGCUUACAAGGAGAAGUCGAGUUCUCGCACAAGCUUAUUUUCAGGAUCUUCAUCGAGCACUAAAUAUGAUCCUGAUAUCCUGAAGGCAGAGAUCUCCACUACUCGGUUACGGGUUAAAAAACUGAAACGAGAACUCUCACAGAUGAAGCAAGAAUUACUCUACAAAGAACAAGGCUUUGAAACAUUGCAACAAAUUGACCAAAAAAUGUCCGGAGACCAUAGUGGGUAUAAACUCAGUGAGGCCAAAGCUAUUCUAACUGAAAUGAAGUCCAUCAGAAAGGCCAUUAGCUCAGGGGAGAAAGAGAAACAAGAUCUAAUGCAGAGCCUGGCUAAGCUGCAGGAACGACUUCAUUUGGACCAAACCUUUGGGAGAUCUGAACCAGACUUAAGUGACAACUCCAUGAGCUCUCAUUUAUCUCUCUCCAGACAGACCCUAGAUGUCGGGUCACAGACAGGCAUCUCUGGAGAUUGUGGGACAAGAAGCAGACCCAACAUAGCAGAAAAAGUCAGGCUGAGUCUACGUUAUGAAGAGGCCAAAAGAAGCAUGGCCAAUUUAAAAAUUGAGCUGUCCAAGUUAGACAAUGAGCCCUGGCCUGGGGAUUUGGAUGUUGAAAAGGAGAAACUGAUGCUGAUUAAUGAAAAAGAAGAAUUUUUGAAAGAGCUUCAAUUUGUUAUACCGCGAAAACGUACUCAGGGUGAGUUGGAAUACUUGGAAGGCCAAAGGAAGAUUCUAGAGGAAGAGCUGCUGACUGUGAAAAACACACCCAGUCGAGCCCUUGCUGAGAGGCUAAAAUUGGAAGAGAAAAAAAAGGCACUGCUACACAGACUUGAAGAAACUACAAAAUUAACUACUUAUUUGCAUUCACAGAUUAAAAGUCUCUCUGCCAGUACAUUGUCCAUGUCUUCAGGGAGCAGUCUGGGAUCGUUGGCUUCCAGUCGGGGGUCUCUGAAUACCUCUAGCAGAGGGUCACUCAAUUCUCUCAGCUCUACGGAGCUCUAUUAUAACAACCAAGGGGAUCAAAUUCCAGAUUUGGAUUAUCAGUAUAAACUGGACUUUCUAUUACAAGAAAAAAGUGGCUACAUUCCUUCUGGACCCAUUACCACCAUUCAUGAAAAUGAGGUGGUGAAGUCCCAUGGCCAUCUGGGCUAUGGCGACUCCUCAGGAUCCUUGAUGGUGGCCGCGACAGGCCACACUCCAAAAUUGACUGAGCCACCCAAAUCUGUGACAUCUCUCUCCUCUAGAUCUUCCCUCUCCUCCUUGUCCCCUCCUAGUUCUCCUCUAGUUCUGGAAGGUACUUUUUCUUUGUCUGCCCAGGAUCCUCCUCUCCACCAACUCACCACAGACUUCGAAGACUGUGACUUGACUAGCCAUUUUGCAGACAUUGGCCUUACUGACAACCAGAUGCUGCUGGACUCAGAUGCAAGAGUAGCAUCACAGGCUCUUGCAGAGGACAAAGAUGUGAAUGAAGGUGUUAGGCAGUCUUUAUCGCCAUUAAAUGAAGGAACUACAGGUAUUGAAGAACCAUUGCAGAGGAGGAAAGUCAGCCACUUGCUUGAAGAGAAAACCACUUGUGUGUCUGCUGCUGUGUCUGAUGAGUCUGUGGCUGGAGACAGCGGUGUCUAUGAAGCUUCAGUAAAACACCCUGGUGAAAUUGAGGAUGUUCUCUAUUGUGAUGAUGAUGCUUUGAUUCUAGAGACUGCUCAGGUUCGGAUUGGACUCAGAUAUGACCUUAAGAACUGCAGUUUAAUUGUGAUUAUAGAACAACUCCGAAACUUUCAAAUCUUCUCUGUGUCUCAGAACACAAAAGUGUAUUUUAGGGUAACAAUACUGCCCCCCUCAGCAGACAUCAGUUGUCUCUUUCGCACAAAAGUUCAUCCUGCUGAAGAAUUCAUUUUGUUUAAUGAAAUAUUCAGAGCGUUCAUUUCCCCUGAAGUUUUGCAGCAGAAGACUUUAAGGGUGGAUGCCUGUUCUGUCACCAGAGACCCAUCCGAAGAAUGUCUGGCAGGAACUCAGAUCAGCCUAGCAGAUUUUCCAGUUGAAGGUGAUUUUUUCACUUUGUGGUAUAACUUGCUACCAUUCAAGCAAAUUCCUGGCAAAAAAAAUAAAGAAGAGGAGGUCGUGUUUCAACGGAACCAGCCUUCACUGAUCUCCUUAGACCUGGACACUGUGGCAGCUUUGCUAGAAAGAACGUCAGCUGAUUUACAGUCUGAAGAACAAGACACAUCCCAAGAAGAGGAGGAAGAAGAGGAAGAACUGGGGAAAAAACAUGAACCACAGAAUCUCAAUGAAUUCUGGAUAGAAAUGAUAGCCGGGACACCUGAUGAGCUCAUGGCCAAGGAUGAAGUAGAAGCAAAACCAUCAGAAGGGAGUGACUCUACAGAAGACCCCAUUUUAGGCACAAAUGUGCCUACGGCGAGUGAGGAAGAGAGCAGGAAAGAGACCGACCAUGCCAAAGACCCUGCGAAUCAACUCCUGCCUGUAGCUCCCACCCUGAUUAAUAAAGAGACAAAUACUGAGGAAGCAUUUCAUGAAAAUGUGGCUGUCCGACCCAAGGACCGUUCCAGCCUGAGCUCUCAGCAGCAUCCCUUUGUCAGAAACAGCAUGAUUGUGCGCUCCCAAACCUUUUCUCCAGGAGAGCGGAACCACUACAUCUGUAGGUUAAAUCGGAGUGACAGUGACAGUUCAACAUUGGCUCGAAAAUCGCUCUUUGUAAGAAACGCUAUGGAACGUCGUAGCUUGAGGGUCAAGAGGACUGUUUGCCCACCAGUCCAUAGAAGAUCAACACGGGAACACCCCCCACGCACAUCUCUUGACUUAGAGUUAGAUCUUCAGGCUUCCUUGACCCGGCAGAGCCGCUUGAAUGAUGAAUUACAGGCCCUACGGGAUUUGCAGCAGAAACUGGAGGACAUGAAAGCCCUGGGAGAAGUGACUCUUUCUUCUACUGUACUCAAGGAUGAGCGGUUUCAGAAGCUCUUGAAACAAGCAGAAAAACAGGCUGAACAAUCCAAGGAAGAACAGAAGCGGGAUUUGAACGCUGAGAAACUGAUGAGGAAGGUCUCCAAGGAUGUGUGUCGGCUUCGGGAGCAGAGCCAAAAAGUGCCUCUCCAGGUGCAAUCAUUCAGGGAGAAGAUUGCCUAUUUUACCAGAGCGAAGAUUAGCAUCCCAUCCUUGCCAGCUGAUGAUGUGUAAAUUACGCUUUGAAUCAUUCUCCCACUUGCCUCACUCAGCGGCGGGUGAAGGGGGGGUGACCUUUUUUGGGGGUGGGGGAUAACCAACUCUUUUCUUUUGCAUCAGACUGUGGAUGUGUUUAUUUGUAAAAUACCAUGAAUUUAAUUGUAUGUUUUUAAAAAAAAGGAAAAAAAUUGAAUGUCCAAAAUGGAAUUAUUCUGAUGCACAGAUGUUGUACAGUAUAUAUGUGCAUUGCAUGUGGGCUUUUAUUUUGUAAAGAUGGAGUAGAGGCAAAUACCCAGUGUGUACCCUGUUGAACUGCACUGUCGAGAAAUAACUGUAUUCAGAAGAUUUCUCUCUUCCCCUGUUUCCAAGUGAGUAGACUGUGAAGAUGGCAACUGUGCCAUGUCAUAUUUUUAUACAAGAAGAGUGUAACUCUUUGAAGUCAAACAUGUCUAAUAAGCUUCUUUCCAGAGCUGCAAGGCCAUCCCAAACAGGUGCUGGGUCAAUUUCUAUCUCUUAUAAUGGAAUAAUACUUCAUUUCCUGAAAGCAGUUUUGGGUUGGGGUUUGGUUGCUUUUGUUUUUUUGGUCUUUUGUAUUUGUCUAAGUAAAACAGUCAUAUUGGAGUACUGAGUGCAAGAAUCAAUAGAACUCUGUGAAUGUGCAGGAUUUGGGGCUGCACUAAAUAUCUUGUGAAUUCUUAUUCCACUGAAAGAAAGAGGAUGCUGAAGGAGGAUAGCAAAUAUCUCAACUUCAGGAAAAUCCAGCCACCCAGUGGGCAGCCGCUUUUUAAACUUGAGGUUGAAUUCACACAAGUGUUCACAGCCUAGCCACUCACUUCCAAGUAGAAUCACUGUUACAGGCACCAGUAAUGUUCUGCCAUAAUAAGCUCAUGGUAUUUCUAACUACAAGAAUGUGGUGUGACCUCAUUUCUAAUGACAUCAAAAUUCAUGAAUUAGAGAAAAUGUCCCAACUUUAAAAGGAGGCAAAAGUACCAGGAUAUCUCGUUGGGAUCUAAAUUGUAACUCCAAAGCAGAAUUCAGGCUGUAACCCUCAUUUUUAGGGGACUUGAACCAAUGCUUUAUGGUUAAGAAUGUUUGGAAGUUGGGAGUUUUGUUUUUAUUAAUUUGGCCAAAAUUCAUCUCGGUAGUUGUGUUUCUUUGUUUGCUUUUAAUCUAGUUCCAGAUAAACAAGCAUCAAGAAAAAAAAUCUAAGUUAGGUGUUCAUCACAACGGAAUCUUUAACUUUAUCUACACAGAUCCUUUUUAAAAGAAGCAUGCUCUGAAUAUAGCCAAUAUAGCAAAGGACAGGCUUUAAAAGAAAGACACUAAAUGCAAAUGUAAAUCAGAUGAAGGUCAGCCUCUUUUCCUCUCACUUACUUCUGAUGAAAUAAUAUUUCAAUAACCUUCAUAUGAGAAGAACCUAUAUCAGUUUUGCCUGGCAUAUAAAACCACAUUCAAGAAAAAAAGAAAGUUUCCCAUUCAGGAAGGUUCUGAAUGAAUGCUUUUAUUCCUAAGCUAGAAUCUUUGCAAACAAGUUCUUUAUCUUGAACUUUUUUUUUUUUGGUGUCAUCAAAAAUCAGGGUCAGCAAUUCUGUCCUAAUAAUUUAUGCACAAAGACCACUUAGUCAUGUUUUUAGGUUGUUGAUGAAUCAGUUCAUUCAAAGCAAAGGGAUGCAAUUUCUUUUUAAAUGACAUAACUGGAUGUUACUUUGCUUUGAAUAAGUGAGUGAGCCAGGAUUUUCCAAGGUUGUCCACUUAAUUCAAUCUGUUUAAGACAUGUGAAAACCAACACAAAAUAAACACCAUUCAUUCUUGUAAGGUCAAAUGUGAACUGCAAAAGUUUUGAAGUUUAUUUAAUGUGAGGUUAAAUGAAGGUCAACUGUUUUCAACUUCUUAGUCUAAUUCUGUAAAAUGUGUUUAGGAUGAUGUGUAGUUGUGCUGUAUGAUUUUAUUUUCUUCAUUUAUUUAUUUACAGUUUUAUUUAUGUUCUGUUUAAUAUAGUUCAGUUCUGGCCAUUUAAAAUGUCUGACAUAAAAGAGGCCAUAUUGGAUCAUUUUUAGCUUUACAAAUCCUCCCAUGUUAGCUGUUAAUUAUAUAUGAUUUUUUUUUUAAAAGGUUCGGAGGAGUGGUAAAGAGAGAAACUAUCUCAGGCUAAAUGUUAAUAAGAGUGGCCAAGUUUUUUAAAGAUUUCAAAAUUUACUCAUUUUAAAAAUGAAGGACAAAGAUUUUUAACACAUCCCUUUUCCCUCACUUUGAAAAUCAGCCAUAAUGUUAAAUGCAUAUUUAUAGGCAGCUUUUAACAAUUUUGUCAUUUUUGUACUAACCCAAAUUAUUCACAGGGAAAAAAAGUUAGUCAAUUGAUCAAAAAUUAUAAAUAUGAAUUUAAUUUUACAAAUAUUAUUUAAAAAGUAGAAUUUACUCUUGAAGGGGUAUAACGAAUAUAAUAUUUAGAUCUCGUUUCAAUUAUCAGUAUGUUAUUACAGUUUCACAUAUCAGUACAAGAACAAUAUUAUUCUUAGCCAAAAGAACAUCAUUUAGCCGAAUUUUGUAGACUACAAAUCAAUUCCUUUUUUAAAAUCUUUUUUUUGCUAUUGCUUUAUCUAUACUUUAUUAAAUAUCAAAUGCUCAGGACUGAACUAAAUAUUUAAUCAGGUUAAAUUCUGAAUGUGUUUUCUGUUCUAAUUUGUCUUGUUUGUAAAAGUAUGCAAAUACAUCACAUAGAUUAACUUUUGUCUCUGCACUUUGCGUGUGUUUGUGAUUGGGGGAAAAAUACAGUUUUUUUUUUUAACAAA